AUGAAGCGAUCGUUUUCCGACGUGGACAACGACGCCGAGGCCCGAGCGAGACCAGCGCCAGCAAACGGCUUCAAUCCAAAGCGUCGGAAGCAAUACGGCACAGGCAAGCACAAGGCCAAGGAGGGCAGUCUAGAGUAUUCAAGAAAGCGUGCUCGAAAUAUCGAACGACUGCUGCGUCGCAAAAGGGACCUGCCUGCCAAUGUCCAACAUGACUUGCAGAGAGAGCUCGAGUCGCACAAAUCCACCGUGUCCGACAAAUCUUUCCUCAAGAAGCGGAGUGCAAUGAUUUCGAAAUACCACAUGGUUCGAUUCUUUGAAAGAAAGAAGGCGUCGCGUUUGGCAAUGCAGAUCAAACGCAAGAUGGAACAAAACCCAGGCGCCCACGAUGUUGAGGAUCUGAAACGGCAACUACACAUUGCCGAGGUUGACGAGGCCUACACAAUAUAUCAUCCGCAUAUGGAGCCCUACAUCAGUCUGUAUGGCAGUUCCAAAUCCGAUGAUAACGACAAAGGGGAGGAUGCGGCAGGAGAGGGCAGUCAGGCGAAACAGACGCCAGCAGCCAAAGCUUCACUCAGUGACGAACGACCGCCGAUGUGGUCUGUGGUCGAGAAGACCAUGGAAGAGGGCGUUGAGGCGUUGAAACGGUUGCGGGAAAGAAGAUGUACAGUCGGCUCAGGUCCUGCCUCAAGGAAGCAUCAUCCAUCAACUAGCUCAAGUUCCAAGAAAACAGACGUGAGACAAGAGGCCAGAAAGCCUAGUGAGCAGCAAAGCCGCCCCGGAGGCAAGGACCAGGCAAGCAAGCAAAAGGGCGACCAGCCCCAACUCAAUCGCAGGGAGCGAAGACGGCUUAUGCGCGAGGCCGUGUCCGCUACUCAAUCGGAUGAAGACGAUGACGGCGGGUUUUUCGAGGGGAUGUAA